GGUGCCGUGAAGGGUGCCGUGACCGGCCCCAGUUUUGCCAUGUCGAGCAGUCGAGGACCUCCGAAGGAUAUGACCGAAGUGCGACUGACGCCGGAGGAACGGCAAGUCGUGGUCGAUAGCAUCGUGGUCCCGGGCCACGUUCUUGAGGUCAAGAACCCUCGGGACAUCUUCGAGUCGGUCGGGGUACCGAAAGACUUGAACAGUCACCAGAAGUCACCUCAGCAUGCAGGAUUGAGUGCCAUCGACAAAGCGAGCUGGGUGCUGCUGCCCUUGCUCAAAGCAUCUCCGAGCCAUCCUUUGGCUCCGGAGACGCUGGAACACGUGAUGUACUCGAUCCUCAGGGGAUGGGUCAAGAACCUGCAUUGGAACUGGUGGUUGUUCUGGCCCAAGACGUCAAGUCGGGCCAACAACUAUCCUAGAAUUUUGGAGAUGCUCCAGAUCAUCGACGAUGCUAUUGGGGAGGACUCGCAAGAAGCCGCCGUCGUCCCGGAGGACGAUGCCGCCGCCGAACGUGACGAAUCCGGUGAGAUAAUGGAUGCCUGGGGAAUACAGCAACCGGAGUCGAUUGAGGAAAAGCUACGGGCCAAGAGAAAGGCCGUGCUUUUGGAUCUGCAAGACAAACAAGUUCAGAUUGAAGACUCCGACGAGGAGCCUGCUCCGGAUGCUGAUCCUGGGGAGCAGCUUGUUGCUGCUCAUGGUGAGGCUCCGGAGGCACUGGUGCCUGCAGCUCCUCUGCCAGUGGCUCCGGAAGCUGCCCGGGCGGCUGCAACAGCCGAUGCUGUGGCCUAUGUUCCCAGGCCCGAGUCUGCUGAUGCCGCUCGCCCGCAUAUAUAUAUAUAUAUAUAUAUACUCCAAACCCUAAACCCUGAACGUACCCUCCAUCUUCAACCCUAUAAACCCUAA